GCAUGUACAAACAUUCACAGUGACACCAAAGGCAUGGAGAGAGAAAAGAGGAAUGAUAUGUCCUACUCUAGAAAGAGAAGUUUCACUUUUGGGGCAUAUGGCAGUGUGGAUAGAUUCACAUGUGGGGAUGAGACGGGACCUGAAUUCGUGCAGGACAAAAGUCUGGACACCCUGGAUUCUCCUACCAGUGAGCGCAAGCCUUUCCGUUCUUCCAGCAGCAACCAGAAGGAAUCAGAGCUGUUUGAAAUCAUUGAGAAGCUGCAGGGCAGCAGGAUCGAUGAGCAACGGUGUGAAUUCCCCCUUCCUCUCAAGUCUCCACUUUCUACAACUGGGAGAGAGCUGCCGCUUAUCCUUCCUUCGAAACUGGGAGGCUACUGGAUAGACCCCCCUCUGGACAGACUGGUAGAUGUGAGUCCCACCUCUUCCCAUUAUGCCAUUGACCCAGAGAGCUAUGACAUCAUGGAGAGAGAUGGUGAGGCCAAAAUCUAUCACGAGUUCUUCCGCUCACGAUACCAUCACUCUUUCACAGCAGUGGAUCCAACUUUGGGCUCGCUGGUUCUCUCUGUGUGUUUGGAGGAAGAGGAGAAUAGGCUCAGGGUGAUUCUAAGGAUGAAGGAGUGUUCUCUGCAUGGAGUCUUCUCUGUGUCUCUUUUCCCCACCCUGCCAUCUGCAGUUGAAUUAGCAAAGAUGCUUUGUGACCGAGUGACUGCCUCAAAGUUUGACGUGGUCUGCUACCUGAAGGCUCCAGAACUUAUAACCACAUUUGAUGAACACAGAGUUUCUCCUAAUUUCAAGUUUGGUGUUUUGUGCCAAAAGGACAGGCAGCUCACUGAGGAAGACAUACUGGGUAACAAUGAGGAAAGUGAGGAGUUUAAAGAGUUCCUGUCUAUUCUGGGAGAGACGGUUCAGCUGCAAGGAUUCACGGGCUUUAGAGGAGGACUGGAUGUGUGUCAUGGUCAGACAGGAAGUGAAGCAGUCUACACUUCCUUUCGUGGGAGAGAAAUCAUGUUUCAUGUCGCAACUAAACUGCCUUACACAGAGGGUGACCCACAGCAGCUACAAAGAAAAAGGCACAUCGGUAAUGACAUCGUAGCUUUGGUCUGCCAGGAGGGCCAAACCCCCUUUCUGUCUGAUGUUAUCAAGUCUCACUUCCUUCACUGUUUUAUUGUCGUCCGGAGGAUUCAGAAGCAAGAGGAAACAGGUGGAGCAGCAUAUCAGGUGUCUGUCACGGCAAGAGAAGAUGUUCCUCCCUUUGGUCCAGUGCUUCCAGAUCCCCCUGUCUUUACAGAUCAUUCAAAGUUCAGAGAGUUUCUGCUGGCUAAACUCAUUAACGCUGAGAUAUCCUGCUAUAAGGCUGAGCAGUUCAGCAGACUGGAGCUCCGCACUCGUUCAUCACUCCUUGAGAACUUGCAGGCUGAACUCUUCACCCGUUCCCAGUGCAUGAUGGGGGAUCAAUCACUGAUUGCUGUCCCCACUUCAGAGGGCCUGCGGGGGCCAUCUGAAGGAAGUGGGGGAUUUAUUGAAAACUUUAAGAGAGCCAUCAGAGUGCGGAGCCAUUCUUUUGAGAAUCUGGGGGUCCCCAGGAAGAAUGCUAGCAGCACAUCGCAGAAGGCUAAGACAGAGAAAGAUGGAGAUAGUGACAAAUCUUCAGGACCUCUGCCUGCUCCCACUGACAGUUUGGGGGCAGCUGAACUCAAAGAUCAAACAAGUCCUCAAGAGGAGAUAUAAAAGCAAAAACGUACUUGUAGAUUUUAGACAUGAAUAU